AUGGGGUGGUACACGUCGCUUAUCGUGCUUGUCGUCGCCGUCGCCGCGGCGGCCGUUCUCUCGCCCGACGCCAUGCUGCCAUACCGUACCAAGCCCAACACCCCCUUCCUCUCACCCACGGCGUUCGCAGCGCUGCGCUUCGCCCACGUGCUGUGCUGCUCCGUGGCUCUGGGGGCGUCUGUGUGGGUCACCUUCUUUGCUGGCGUCAUCAUGUUCCGCCACCUGCCCCGACACACCUUCGGCAGCAUCCAGGGUCGUCUCUUCCCGGCCUACUUCCGCCUUGUCGCUCUCUGCUCCGCCCUCUCCGCCCUCGCGCUCAAACUCACACUCAACCCCACUGCUGAAUCUGCUGCUUCCGGGGCAGGGGGGUUGCAGCAGGUGCAGCUGCUGCUGCUGCUGGCUGCCCUUGGGGCAGCGCUGCUGAAUCUGCUGUUGUUCGAACCUAUCACCACCAAGAUCAUGCGGGAGAGGCACCGCAUAGUGAAGGAGGCAUGGAUAGGGAACGAGGAGGGGCCGUCGCGCAACAGAGAAAAGGACGCGGGCAUCGGGCAGGAGGUGGGGCUGUCGCGCAACAGGGAGGUGGCACGGACCAAUAAGGAGCUGGCAGCUGUCAACCGCCGGUUUGGCAUGUGGCACGGCAUGUCCUCGCUCUCCAAUCUCGUCGCCCUCUGCUCCUUGGGUGCUCACGCGUGGUUCCUCUCUCAGCAGCUCCCGGCCUAG